GCCCGGCCCGGCCCUGCCGGUGGAGGCGGAGCCGCGCAGGACUCGCCGCUGCCGCCGCUGCCGGAACGGCUGCCGCCCGCGCCGGGGCCAUGGAGGAGUUCCACCCCCACAACGAUGAGAUGAUCUUCAAUGCUGAUGAGGCCCACAACAUAGUUAAGGAGUGCAUAGAAAAUGUUUUAGGCAAGGCAGAUUAUAAUCACAACAAAGUCAACCAAUGGACUGCUGCUAUAGUAGAACAGUCACUGACCCAUCUGGUGAAACUUGGGAAAACCUAUAAGUACAUUGUUACCUGUGCAGUGAUGCAGAGGAGUGGAGCUGGUCUUCACACAGCAAGCUCAUGCUUCUGGGAUACCACAACUGAUGGAACCUGCACAGUGAGAUGGGAAAACCGAACCAUGAACUGCAUUGUCAAUGUGUUUGCUGUUGCUAUUAUCCUGUAGCUGACUGGAAGAGAAACAGAAGCAACACCGAAGCCUUUAAAAAAAUAAAUCGUCCUAACCCAUGGCUUAAUAUUUCAAACCAUUAUUUGUUUCUGUAUGAGCAGCAUACAGAAGUUCUCUACAGAGAGCAUACAGUCUAAGCCAGUUCUCAAAGAUUAGUUAUCUGAAAGCUAGCAAAGAAAUUUAAUAUAUAUAUAUAUAUAUAAAAUAUCUAUCUAUCUGAAGAGAAAAUUUUAAUAAUUUAAAUAUUUAGAAGUAUGUUAAUGAGAAGUUGCCACAAAGAUCAGUAGAAUUUAUGUCAAAGCUAAUAUCAAAGAUAUUUUAUUCCAGAGGAACAAAACACAUCAGAGGAAAUGUCAAAGGGCAAGCAAGACCUCUCAGGAUUAUGGUGCCUUUGGGAACAAAUUACGAACACAAUUCAGAGUGAAAAUACUAUAAACAAUACAGGUUUUCCAUGCUUGGUUAAACAAAGCAAACUCUCCCUUGGGAUGCAGGUGCUUGUGAAAUUGCAUGAGCAUCGCUUCGCUUUUUGGUCAAGCACGAAUGUUUACAUGGACACUAAACCCAGGUAAGCUUUCCCCCUGGAGGCAGAGGAGGACUUUGGUGACAGAGGUGAAAUAUACACAGUGCUAGCAGAAUCCGACUUUGCCUUCAAAUGAAGAGCAUCAUAUUUGUUAGCAAUUCAUAAUCUAGAAAUCUGAAAAAAUUCUGAAGGUACUUAAAAUUGAUUUUAUUCCAUAUUACAGAAUUUGUGACAAGCACUUUAUUGAUUCCUCAUGCAGUAGCUGGGAGCCAGGGCAAUAUUACUGCACCAAACUCCAGGUAGGAUUAAAGGGAUCAGUGGGAAGGCACACACAUUUCUAGAGGCUCUUGUUAGCUUUGAAAGCAUUUAUCAAAGUAACAUAUCUGUUCUUUAUAAGAGUUUUCCUAUGUUCUCUAAGUCUAUAAUUGGAUCUUAGAGUUAAGUUUUCAGCACUAAGAAUUCCCCUCCUUUAAAGAUUUAUGCAAGUUCUUAACUUUACUCAUCUGAUGAGUCUUAACUUGAAAUAUUCCACGUGGAAGAAAAGCAUUUGCACACCUGCAAGUAUUUGCUGGAUUGGGGCCUACAUUUUUGUUGAUAAAUGCACAAAUUAUAUGAUAAAGAGAUGUAUCAAUACCAAAAAUGCCUAAAUGAUUGCUGCCACUAAGUGGCAGCUGCAUUAAGUUGUUUUCUCAGAUGCUGCUUAAGGAUAGAAUUUUUUGUUUAUACUGUAUGUCUUUGAAAGAGACUGGUAACAGCCUAAGAGUACUGUAGGGCUGUUUUGAAUUUUAAGAAAUGAAUAUUAAGCACUAUUAUCCAUUUUUGUUUGGUUUGGGUUGUUUUUCAGAUAACUGACUAUUAGGGUAUAAAACAAGAGUCCUGUGCAAAGAGCAAGCUCAAGAAUAUUUUACUGCUUAAAUUGUGUAUAUGUGUAGCUGGUGUGACACUACAGAAAGAGCCCUGUGUAUGUGUAGUUUACAAUAAUGUUCAAAGUAUCUUGCUUUGCAGACAAAUAAAAUUCUGCUUUUACCGAAGUGCAAGUAAAAUUAAUACUGUAAUGCUGCAUUUGCCAAAGGCAAGUGUUGUGUGAAAAUGUGUGUGUAUGUUGUACUGACCUUCAAAUGUAGAUGAAUAAUUAAGCAUUAUUUGGGUUAGGAUAGAAAUUUCUGAAUUAGUUUCCAGUAUCCAAGAGCCAAAUUGUGGAAUUAACAAAAAUACAUUAGUUUCACUCAUAUUUGGGAUUGUGCAAUGUGAAAAGAUAUGUGUGGCAGCAGCUAGAGAAAGGUUUGGUAUGAUCAGUAUGGUUAAAGAAGUGGGUGAGUAAAAACAGUGGUGGCUGUUGUGCCCCUGUCAUGGGUAUUGAGGUGCAAUGAUCAGAAGAAAUAUUCCACAGAGCUACUUGUAAUUUCAUUUGCUAUUUUAGCUUUACUUGAAAACCAGGUGCACUGAAUAAGACUAUCAGUUUAGUGAGGCUUGGGGAAGGUCCUGCAGAAGAACCCUAGGAAAUACUGCUUAAUUAUAUGACUGUUUAAUAUUUCUUUCUACCAAAAAAAUCAAGUUUUGCCUUAGUUGUA